AUAUUACCUGGUCAAUCACGUGCCAGAAUAUCAUCGUUAUGAUCACUUAAAACAGAAGUCUACGGCCAGAAUUUCAUGCAUACCCGGUUAAACCGUCGACGAUAACGUACCACGAGCAACGCGCAUAGUUAAAAUCAUUAUGGAAGAUUUAAAUAAGGACCAAUUAGCUUUGUUGAAGAAAGCCUUCGACGCUUUUGACCACGAAAAGAAGGGUAGCAUCGGCAGCAACAUGGUGGGCACGAUAUUGACCAUGUUAGGUCAUGAGCUCAGUGAAAAGAUGUUACAGGAUAUCAUUAGCGAGAUAGACGAGGAUGGCUCCGGCGAACUCGAGUUCGAGGAGUUCUGCACGUUGGCUGCUAGAUUCUUGGUGGAAGAGGACACGGAAGCGAUGCAACAAGAAUUACGCGAAGCAUUCCGGUUGUACGACAAAGAGGGUAAUGGCUAUAUAACCACCGCCGUGUUCCGCGAUAUUCUUCACGAACUCGACGACAAGCUGUCACCGGAAGAACUCGACAUGAUGAUCGAGGAGAUUGAUGCUGAUGGAUCGGGAACGCUCGAUUUUGACGAGUUCAUGGAAGUCAUGACAGGAGGCGAUGAUUAAGGUAAGCUGAUACUGAAGAUGAACCGCUCUAAGGUCAAGGUUACUCGCACACAAUUGGCAACGCUCGUCAGAAAAAAAAAAGAGAUAGGACAUUUCUUCUUUAUCUCACACAGCACGCUUUUACAAACUAAAACUACAGAUGAACGAAAACGUGGACGUUCACAGUAAUCCGUGAUAUCGUUGGCUGACAAUUGGCGGUUUUUUGUCAUGCAAGAUGAAAAUUAUAUUUCCAAACGCUUUCAAAAGCAAGAUAUAAAAAAAAUUAGCUCAAUAAAUCGGAACAAUCCCAUCACGUUCACGCGGAUAAAAUAGCGACGCAAAUUUCUUCGUCACGGCAAAAUGAGUACGCGCAAAACUCCGAUGCAGUUAUCUCUAAUCCCUGAUCGCGAGGUAAGCUAUAAUUUCCUACUGUACGAGUAUCACCGGGAAUUCGUUCCGAGAGUCUACGCGUUAAAUUAUUGAGUUUCAGUAAUUACUAUAUAAAUCGUAAAUUAUUAAGUUUCACGCGCCUGCGUAACUACUGCGUGUUCUUUUUCGUGUUGCGCCUGAACGAUAUUAUCCCGUCCGCGAAGUAGCACAUCACGUGCAAGUACAUUAAGGCGCGUUAUUUUCUUCAUAAUUCAAUUAAUUAAUCAAUUGCGUCACGUUACGAUUAAUCCUUAAAUUUUUCAAUAUAAAAAAAAAUAAAAAAAUUAUAACAAUUUCUUUACUUCAAACUUAGUUACGAAGCGAGGUAUAAUAUGUAAUCAUAAUACAAUAAUUAAAUUAAAAAAUUGUAACUAUUCUAAUACUAAAAUAAUCACAUAGCAAUUUUAGCAAUUCAAAGCAUGCGUCUAAUUAAUUAAAAACGUGAAAAUGUUAUUAUCAUCAUUUGCAAGAUAAUGACCGCUUUUCAUAUUAUAUGUAUAUACGACUGUGCUGUGAAAUAAAUAUAUUUUUCUACUAAAA